AUGCAAAUAGAUCAAAGAAAGAAAUUGGAGCUUCUUGAUUAUAGAAUGCGCCAUCCUUCGACUUCACCUAUAAAAACAAUAAAUAAUUUUGCAAAUAUAAAAUAAAAGCUGAAUGGUAUUGAUAUUUAUAAGAACAAUAAUGAGCAAUUAAAAGAUCUUCAUGAUAAUGAAGAGGAUGAUGAUGAUAAAAGUGAAUAAGAUGAUUACUUAAACUUUGAUGAUAAUUAAAAUAAUCAAGGAAGUCUAGAUUUUAUGAAUAAAAACCUUUCUGGAUUUAAUAAUGGAGGUAAUUUUUUGUACUGUACUCCACCUGUUAAGAUCAAUAACAAUUAUGGCAAUAAUCCAAGUAUUUUAAAUAACCCGCAUCUAAUAAAGAGUUUUAAUGAAGAAAAUAACGAUUUAGAUUAAUAAAACUCUUCAGAAAACAAUUCAGAUGAAGAAGAGAGAGAGAUUGAAGAGGAUGAAAAUGUUUCCAGCAAUAAUGAAGAACUCGAAGAAGAUGAUAGCAAUCAAGAUCAGCAAGAAAGUUUAGAAAAAGAUGCUUCUUCUUAGCAAUCAAUUAAAAAUGAAAAAUAAAAUAAAAGUUAGGUGUCAUAAAUUGAAAAAUCUUAAAAAUAACAACCCCCUUAAAAAGCUGAAAAUUUUGAGCCAACAAUAAAAAAAGUAAGAGUUUUAAAUUCUUAAAAAAUUCUUUUUUAAGAGAACACAUUCCCCAAUGAAAAUGAAAAGCCAAUAAAUUAGUAAAGCGGAUAAAGUGGUGAAUAAGUAAAGAAAACUGAAGAUAUUAAAAAUAUAGUAAAUUAAAUUGGGCUCAUUUAAGUCAAAAAUGCUGCUAAAAAUAAUAAUAAAACUUAAAAAAAAAUAUCAAAAAUUACGGAUUACUUAAAUCAGGAUUAAGUUAAUAAAAAUGCAAAUAAUAACAAUAUGUUUUCUAAAAGUACUGGAAACUCCAAUAACACAGAAACCGAGUAAAUUUAAUUGCUUAAUCGUGAACUAAAAGAAAAAGAAUAAUAGCUAAAUUAAAAGUAGAAGUAGAUUGAAAACUUAGAAAAUUUAGUAGGAAAAUUAAAACAAAGUUUAUAAAAUGCAAAGUCAACUAAUACAAGUGGAUAAAAUUCUUUAAAUCCAACAAUCUUUGAUCACUCCAAAAUAAAGAGAAUUGUUUAAAAAAUGUUUACUGAAAACUCAUUUUUAAAUAGAAAACUAAUAAAAAUGUAACUUUAGCAAUCCAAGCAAAGAUUAGGUGAAUAUGUUGUAGACCUAUAAAAUUUUAAAGAGCAAUGGAUUGAUGGAUUUGAAGUUUAGGAACUUUAUAGUUAAUUGGAUUAAGUUUAGAAAAAAAUUAAAUAUUAUUAAAAUGUACUUUAAAACUUGAAAACUAUGAAACCAAAGAAAAAAACUUAAACAAAUGGAAAAUAAUAAAAGCAACUGACCCUAUUAGGCUCAUUAAAUGAUCCAUCUACCUAAGCUAAUUCUAACUAAGAUAGUAAUUCAAAACUCACUUUUGAAGACGAAGACGAAUUUGACACUUCCAUAUACCCUAAUUAAGCAGUUGCACAUGAAGAACAAAAGCGCUUUACUGCUUUCCAAAUAACUCUUCUCUAAAAAUAGGAAGAAGUUAUUGUGAAUAAUCUAAACUAAAAGAAAAAGGAAGUAAAGGAAAUAAUUAAAAAGUACUAAUUAUAGUUUUUGGAAGAAAAUUCUAGAUAUGGAGGAAUUUAAGUUGAAAACCCAUGGCCUAUUUUGGGAGAAAGAUAUUAACUGCUCUCACUUCUUGGAAAAGGUGGUUUUAGUGAAGUAUACAAAGCUAUUGAUUUAGAAGAAUUCCGUGAAGUAGCUAUAAAAAUACACUAUAUUGAUAAAUCUUGGAGCAAUAGAGUUAAACAAAAUUAUUUGAAGCAUGCUUUUAGAGAGCAUGGAAUAUAAAAAGAAUUAAACCAUCCAAAUAUAGUAAAAUUGUAUGACUACAUAGAAAUUGAUAGCACUUCAUUUGCCUCAGUUUUGUAAUUCUGCGAAGGACCAGAUUUAUCUUAACAUUUAAAAAUACACUCCACAAUUAUAGAAUAAGAUGCAAAGUAUAUUGUAAAAAAAAUACUUGAGUGUCUUGAAUACCUUAGCUCGUUUUAGAGUAAAGUAAUUCACUAUGACCUCAAGCCUUAGAAUAUAAUUUUCCAUAAAGGAUAAAUAAAAAUUACUGAUUUUGGUCUUUCUAAAAUUAUAGAAGAUAAUGCUACUCGUCUUGAACUUACUAGUUAAGGUGUCGGAACCUAUUGGUAUUUGCCACCUGAAUGCUUUGAAAAUUUCGGCUGUGAAGAAAAUGAGAAAGCUCCAACAAUCUCAAACAAAGUUGAUAUUUGGAGUGUAGGAGUAAUUUUUUACGAGAUGCUGUUUGGAUAAAAACCUUUCGGUAAUAAAAUGACUCAGGAAUAAAUUUUGAGAUAAAACACAAUCUUAAAUAGCAAAGAAGUCAAGUUCCCUAAAAAGCCUUUGAUUUCUAAGGAAGCAUAAUCAUUUAUAAUUGGUUGUUUGAAGCAUAAUUAAGAAGAAAGAUUUGAUGUGAAAUAAGCUCUCAAUCAUCCUUACUUUAAAAAAGCAUGA